AUGGUAUCAACAGGUGUAAAUGAAACAACUACAACAAUAGCUGUAUCACCUGGUGAUAAUGAAACAACAACAGCUGUAUCAACUAGUGAUAAUGAAACAAAUACAACACUAGCUGCAUCAACUGGUGAUAAUGAAACACAAACAACAACAGCUGUAUCAACUGGUGUUAAUGAAACAACUAUAGCAACAAUGGUAUCAACAGGUGUAAAUGAAACAACUACAACAACAGCUUUAUCAACUGGUGAUAAUGAAACAACAACAAUAGCUGUAUCAACUGGUGUUAAUGAAACAACAAUGGUAUCAACAGGUGUAAAUGAAACAACUACAACAAUAGCUGUAUCACCUGGUGAUAAUGAAACAACAACAACAGCUGUAUCAACUAGUGAUAAUGAAACAAAUACAACACUAGCUGUAUCAACUGGUGUUAAUGAAACAACCAUAGCAACAAUGGUAUCAACAGGUGUAAAUGAAACAACUACAACAACAGCUUUAUCAACUGGUGAUAAUGAAACAACAACAACAGCUGUAUCAACUGGUGUUAAUGAAACAACAAUGGUAUCAACAGGUGUAAAUGAAACAACUACAACAACAGCUUUAUCAACUGGUGAUAAUGAAACAAUUACAACAAUAGCUGUAUCACCUGGUGAUAAUGAAACAACAACAACAGCUGUAUCAACUGGUGUUAAUGAAACAACUAUAGCAACAAUGGUAUCAACAGGUGUAAAUGAAACAACUACAACAACAGCUUUAUCAACUGGUGAUAAUGAAACAACAACAACAAUAGCUGUAUCACCUGGUGAUAAUGAAACAACAACAACAGCUGUAUCAACUGGUGAUAAUGAAACAAAUACAACACUAGCUGUAUCAACUGGUGUUAAUGAAACAACUAUAGCAACAAUGGUAUCAACAGGUGUAAAUGAAACAACUACAACAACAGCUUUAUCAACUGGUGAUAAUGAAACAAAUACAACACUAGCUGUAUCAACUGGUGUUAAUGAAACAACUAUAGCAACAAUGGUAUCAACUGGUGAUAAUGAAACACAAACAACAACAGCUAUAUCAACUGGUGUUAAUGAAACAACUAUAGCAACAAUGGUAUCAACAGGUGUAAAUGAAACAACUACAACAACAGUUUUAUCAACUGGUGAUAAUGAAACAACAACAACAGCUGUAUCAACUGGUGUUAAUGAAACAACAAUGGUAUCAACAGGUGUAAAUGAAACAACUACAACAAUAGCUGUAUCACCUGGUGAUAAUGAAACAACAACAACAGCUGUAUCAACUGGUGAUAAUGAAACAAAUACAACACUAGCUGUAUCAACUGGUGAUAAUGAAACACAAACAACAACAGCUGUAUCAACUGGUGAUAAUGAAACACAAACAACAACAGCUUUAUCAACUGGUGUUAAUGAAACAACUAUAGCAACAAUGGUAUCAACAGGUGUAAAUGAAACAACUACAACAACAGCUUUAUCAACUGGUGUAAAUGAAACAACUACAACAACAGCUUUAUCAACUGGUGAUAAUGAAACAACAACAACAGCUGUAUCAACUGGUGUUAAUGAAACAACAAUGGUAUCAACAGGUGUAAAUGAAACAACUACAACAAUAGCUGUAUCACCUGGUGAUAAUGAAACAACAACAACAGCUGUAUCAACUAGUGAUAAUGAAACAAAUACAACACUAGCUGUAUCAACUGGUGUUAAUGAAACAACCAUAGCAACAAUGGUAUCAACAGGUGUAAAUGAAACAACUACAACAACAGCUUUAUCAACUGGUGAUAAUGAAACAACAACAACAGCUGUAUCAACUGGUGUUAAUGAAACAACAAUGGUAUCAACAGGUGUAAAUGAAACAACUACAACAACAGCUUUAUCAACUGGUGAUAAUGAAACAAUUACAACAAUAGCUGUAUCACCUGGUGAUAAUGAAACAACAACAACAGCUGUAUCAACUGGUGUUAAUGAAACAACUAUAGCAACAAUGGUAUCAACAGGUGUAAAUGAAACAACUACAACAACAGCUUUAUCAACUGGUGAUAAUGAAACAACAACAAUAGCUGUAUCAACUGGUGUUAAUGAAACAACAAUGGUAUCAACAGGUGUAAAUGAAACAACUACAACAAUAGCUGUAUCACCUGGUGAUAAUGAAACAACAACAACAGCUGUAUCAACUAGUGAUAAUGAAACAAAUACAACACUAGCUGUAUCAACUGGUGUUAAUGAAACAACCAUAGCAACAAUUGUAUCAACAGGUGUAAAUGAAACAACUACAACAACAGCUUUAUCAACUGGUGAUAAUGAAACAACAACAACAGCUGUAUCAACUGGUGUUAAUGAAACAACAAUGGUAUCAACAGGUGUAAAUGAAACAACUACAACAACAGCUUUAUCAACUGGUGAUAAUGAAACAAUUACAACAAUAGCUGUAUCACCUGGUGAUAAUGAAACAACAACAACAGCUGUAUCAACUGGUGUUAAUGAAACAACUAUAGCAACAAUGGUAUCAACAGGUGUAAAUGAAACAACUACAACAACAGCUUUAUCAACUGGUGAUAAUGAAACAACAACAACAAUAGCUGUAUCACCUGGUGAUAAUGAAACAACAACAACAGCUGUAUCAACUGGUGAUAAUGAAACAAAUACAACACUAGCUGUAUCAACUGGUGUUAAUGAAACAACUAUAGCAACAAUGGUAUCAACAGGUGUAAAUGAAACAACUACAACAACAGCUUUAUCAACUGGUGAUAAUGAAACAAAUACAACACUAGCUGUAUCAACUGGUGUUAAUGAAACAACUAUAGCAACAAUGGUAUCAACUGGUGAUAAUGAAACACAAACAACAACAGCUAUAUCAACUGGUGUUAAUGAAACAACUAUAGCAACAAUGGUAUCAACAGGUGUAAAUGAAACAACUACAACAACAGUUUUAUCAACUGGUGAUAAUGAAACAACAACAACAGCUGUAUCAACUGGUGAUAAUGAAACAACUACAACAACAGCUGGUGAUCAAGAAAUAAAAUUGACACCAGUAUCAUCAGGAGAUCAAGAAACUACCUUAACAACAGUAUCAUCUAGUGUUCAAGAAACUACUUUAACAACAGUAACAUCAGGAGAUCAAGAAACUACCUUAACAACAGUAUCAUCAGGAGAGCAGGAAACUACCUUAACAACAGUAACAUCAGGAGAUGAAGAAACUACCUUAACAACAGUAACAUCAGGUGAUAAAGAAACUACCUUAACAACAGUAUCAUCAGGAGAGCAGGAAACUACCUUAACAAAAGUAACAUCAGGAGAUGAAGAAACUACCUUAACAACAGUAACAUCAGGUGAUAAAGAAACUACCUUAACAACAGUAACAUCAGGAGAUCAAGAAACUACUUUAACAACAGUAUCAUCAGGUGAUCAAGAAACUACCUUAACAACAGUAUUAUCAGGAGAUCAAGAAACUACCUUAACAACAGUAUCAUCUGGUGAUCAAGAAACUACAUUAUCAACAGUAUCACCUGGUGAUCAAGAAACUACCUUAGCAACAGUAUCAUCUGGUGAUCAAGAAACUACCUUAACAACAGUAUCAUCUGGUGAUCAAGAAACUACCUUAACAACAGUAACAUCUGGUGAUCAAGAAACUACCUUAACACCAGCAUCAUCAGGUGAUCGAGAAACUACCUUAACUACAAUAACAUCAGGAGAUCAAGAAACUACUUUAACAACAGUAUCUUCAGGUGAACAAGAAACUACCUUAACAACAAUAUCAUCAGGUGAUCAAGAAACUACCUUAACAACAGUUUUAUCAGGUGAUCAAGAAACUACCUUAACAACAGUAACAUCUGGUGAUCAAGAAACUACCUUAACAACAGUAUCAUCAGGUGAUCAAGAAACUACCUUAACAACAGUAACAUCUGGUGAUCAAGUAACUACCUCAACACCAGCAUCAUCAGGUGAUCAAGAAACUACCUUAACUACAAUAACAUCAGGAGUUAAAGAAACUACUUUAACAACAGUAUCUUCAGGUGAACAAGAAACUACCUUAACAACAAUAUCAUCAGGUGAUCAAGAAACUACCUUAACAACAGUAUCAUCAGGUGAUCAAGAGACUACCUCAACAACAGUAUCAUCAGGUGAUCAAGAAACUACCUUAACAACAGUAUCAUCAGGUGAUCAAGAGACUACCUUAACAACAGUAUCAUCAGGUGAUCAAGAAACUACCUUAACAACAGUAUCAUCAGGUGAUCAAGAAACUACCUUAACAACAGUAUCAUCAGGUGAUCAAGAGACUACCUUAACAUCAGUAUCAUCAGGAGAUCAAGAAACUACCUUAACAACAGUAUUAUCUAGUGUUCAAGAAACUACCUUAACAACAUCAGGAGAUCAAGAGACUACCUUAACAACAGUAUCAUCAGGUGAUCAAGAAACUACCUUAACUACAGUAACAUCAGGUGAUCAAGAGACUACCUUAACAACAUUAUCAUCAGGAGAUCAAGAGACUACCUUAACAACAGUAUCAUCAGGAGAUCAAGAGACUACCUUAACAACAGUAUCAUCAGGAGAUCAAGAGACUACCUUAACAACAGUAUCAUCAGGUGAUCAAGAAACUACCUUAACAACAGUAUCAUCAGGUGAUCAAGAAACUACCUUAACAACAGUAUCAUCAGGAGAUCAAGAGACUACCUUAACAACAGUAUCAUCAGGUGAUCAAGAAACUACCUUAACAACAGUAUCAUCAGGUGAUCAAGAGACUACCUUAACAACAGUAUCAUCUAGUGAUCAAGAAACUACCUUAACAGUAUCAUCAGGUGAUCAAGAGACUACCUUAACAACAGUAUCAUCAGGUGAUCAAGAAACUACAUUAACAACAGUAUCAUCAGGAGAUCAAGAGACUACCUUAACAACAGUAUCAUCAGGUGAUCAAGAAACUACCUUAACAACAGUAUCAUCAGGAGAUCAAGAAACUACCUUAACAACAGUAUCAUCAGGUGAUCAAGAAACUACCUUAACAACAGUAUCAUCAGGUGAUCAAGAGACUACCUUAACAACAGUAUCAUCUAGUGAUCAAGAAACUACCUUAACAGUAUCAUCAGGUGAUCAAGAGACUACCUUAACAACAAUAUCAUCGGGUGAUCAAGAAACUACCUUAACAACAGCAUCAUCAGGUGAUCAAGAAACUACCUUAACAACAGUAUCAUCUGGUGAUCAAGAAACUACCUUAACAACAGUAUCAUCAAGUGAUCAAGAAACUACCUUAACACCAGCAUCAUCAGGUGAUCAAGAAACUAUCUUAACUACAAUAACAUCAGGAGAUCAAGAAACUACUUUAACAACAGUAUCUUCAGGUGAACAAGAAACUACCUUAACAACAAUAUCAUCAGGUGAUCAAGAAACUACCUUAACACCAGUAUCAUCAGGUGAUCAAGAAACUACCUUAACAACAGUAUCAUCAGGUGAUCAAGAAACUACCUUAACAAAACUAUCAUCAGGUGAUCAAGAAACUACCUUAACAACACUAUCAUCAGGUGAUCAAGAAACUACCUUAACAACAGUAUCAUCAGGAGAUCAAGAGACUACCUUAACAACAGUAACACCAGGAGAUCAAGAAAUUACCUUAACAACAGUAUCAUCAGGUGAUCAAGAAACUACCUUAACAACACUAUCAUCAGGUGAUCAAGAGACUACCUUAACAACAGUAUCAUCAGGUGAUCAAGAAACUACCUUAACUACAGUAACAUCAGGAGAUCAAGAAACUACUUUAACAACAGUAUCAUCUAGUGAUCAAGAAACUACCUUAACACCAGUAUCAUCAGGUGAUCAAGAAACUACCUUAACAACAGUAUCAUCAGGUGAUCAAGAAACUACCUUAACUACAGUAACAUCAGGAGAUCAAGAAACUACUUUAACAACAGUAUCAUCUAGUGAUCAAGAAACUACCUUAACAACAGUAUCUUCAGGUGAUCAAGAAACUACCUUAACACCAGUAUCAUCAGGUGAUCAAGAAACUACCUUAACAACACUAUCAUCAGGUGAUCAAGAAACUACCUUAACAACAGUAUCAUCAGGAGAUCAAGAGACUACCUUAACAACAGUAUCAUCAGGUGAUCAAGAAACUACCUUAACAACAGUAUCAUCAGGUGAUCAAGAAACUACCUUAACAACAUUAUCAUCAGGAGAUCAAGAGACUACCUUAACAACAGUAUCAUCAGGUGAUCAAGAAACUACCUUAACAACAGUAUCAUCAGGUGAUCAAGAAACUACCUUAACAACAGUAUCAUCAGGAGAUCAAGAAACUACCUUAACAACAGUAUCAUCAGGUGAUCAAGAAACUACCUUAACAACAUUAUCAUCAGGAGAUCAAGAGACUACCUUAACAACAUUAUCAUCAGGAGAUCAAGAAAGUACCUUAACAACAUUAUCAUCAGGAGAUCAAGAGACUACCUUAACAACAGUAUCAUCAGGUGAUCAAGAAACUACCUUAACAACAGUAUCAUCAGGAGAUCAAGAAACUACCUUAACAACAGUAUCAUCAGGUGAUCAAGAAACUACCUUAACAACAGUAUCAUCAGAAGAACAAGAGACUACCUUAACAACAGCAUCAUCAGGUGAUCAAGCAACUAUUUUAACAACAGUAUCAUCAGGUGAUCAAGAGACUACCUUAACAACAGUAUCAGGAGAUCAAGAAACUACCUUAACAACAGUAUCAUCAGGAGAUGAAGAAACAAAAUUUACACCAGUAUCAUCUAUUGAUCAAGAAACUACCUUAACUACAGAAAUAAAAUCUACUUCAUUUUUAACAAUGGAAGCUAAUUUUACUAUUUCACCAACAGCUGAAGCAAACGUUACUACUUCAAGAAUUGAAGUAAAUGUUACUUCUUCAUCAACAGCUGAAACAAAUGUUACUACUUCACCAACAGCUGAUGUAAAUGUUACUACUUCAACAGUUGAAGUAAAUGUCACUUCUUCAUCAACAGCUGAUGUAAAUGUUACUAUUUCACCAACAGCUGAGCUAAAUGUUACUACUUCACCAACAGCUGAUGUAAAUGUUACUACUUCAACAGUUGAAGUAAAUGUCACUUCUUCAUCAACAGCUGAUGUAAAUGUUACUAUUUCACCAACAGCUGAGCUAAAUGUUACUACUUCACCAACAGCUGAUGUAAAUGUUACUACUUCAACAGUUGAAGUAAAUGUCACUUCUUCAUCAACAGCUGAUUUAAAUGUUACUACUUUAUCAACAGCUGAUGUAAAUGUUACUACUUCACCAACAGCUGAUGUAAAUGUUGCUACUUCAACAGCUGAUGUAAAUGUUACUUCUUCAUCAACAGCUGAGCUAAAUGUUACUACUUCACCAACAGCUGAUGUAAAUGUUACUACUUCAACAGUUGAAGUAAAUGUUACAACUUCAUCAACAGCUGAAGUAAAUGCUACUACUUCACCAACAGCUGAUGUAAAUGUCACUACUUCACCAACAGCUGGUGUAAAUGUUACUAUUUCACCACCAGCUGAUGUAAAUGUUACUAUUUCACCAACAGCUGAUGUAAAUGUUACUAUUUCACCAACAGCUGAUGUAAAUGUUACUACUUCAACAGCUGAUGUAAAUGUUACUAUUUCACCAACAGCUGAAGGAACUGUUACUACUUCCCCAACUGUUAAAAUGGAUUUAGUAACUGAAACAGCUACUACAACUUUUGAACUACAAAAAACAACUGCUGAAUUGCCUCUGUGUAAUGACUCACAGAUAGCCUCUCAGACAGAAGAAGAUGCAGAUAGUGGAACACUUUUUGCAGGCUUAUCAAAAAUUCUUAGUGUUAUAAAUAAGAAAUGUAUAACACCUGUAAGUAAAGAAACUACAAGACAUUCAGCCACUCGGGUCACAAGUCCUUUACCUUCAACUUUUACUGUAAUACCUUUGGAUACAACCACCAAUGGGGUUAGUUUAAAUGACACUUCAGCUGUUUCAAAUAAAACAGACCACAUCUUUACACCAUCUACCAGUACAAGUCAUGAUGUGUUGAUACCAACAGGAAGUGGCAUUCUUCUCCCAGCAGACAACACAUCACACUCCAGUGGUGUUGAUGUUGAAUCUUGGUACACAAGCACAACUCAACCAAGUAAGGAGACAACUGAAGAUAAGACGUUGAUGUUUGAAACCAAACCUGUGUAUGAGCUAACUAUUAAACCACCAUCAUCCACUUCUGCAGCAUCAACUGAAGACACUGAUGUCAUUCAAUUCCAGACUCAAAAAGUGGACAUCAUCAUACUUGAGAAAACAUCACCAGCUAAGCCAGAGUACUCCUCUACAUCAGCUGUUGAUCUCACCGCUACCACAGAAUCUGAACUGGUUGUUGAAACUGGCAAAGUUGGUAUAGUGUCACUUGGUACAGUUGUAACAACAACAACAGGCAGUAAAACAACUGAUGCUACUGGCAGGACUCACAAGCAGACUUCCAUGGUGCCAAGUACAAGCCCAGAUGCUACAAAAGAUGAAUUUAUACAUGUGGAAACCAACAGAGUGGACAACAUUACCGUUCAUACAACUAAGACAGCAGACACAACAACAGAAAUAACAACCAGGCUGACAGGGGAAACUGUUACAAUUGAUAGCAAUGGUCACAUUCAUGCUGAAACCUUACCUGUAGAACAAGUUACUGUUAAACCUUAUAGACCAGUGGUCAGUUCUACACCUGAAACUGUUACAAUUGAUAGCAAUGGUCACAUUCAUGCUGAAACCUUACCUGUAGAACAAGUUACUGUUAAACCAGUGGUCAGUUCUACACCUGAAACUGUUACAAUUGAUAGCAAUGGUCACAUUCAUGCUGAAACCUUACCUGUAGAACAAGUUACAGUCAAGCCUUAUAGACCAGUGGUCAGUUCUACACCUGAAACUGUAACAAUUGAUAGCAAUGGUCACAUUCAUGCUGAAACCUUACCUGUAGAACAAGUUACGGUCAAGCCUUAUAGACCAGUGGUCAGUUCUACACCUGAAACUGUUACAAUUGAUAGCAAUGGUCACAUUCAUGCUGAAACCUUACCUGUAGAACAAGUUACGGUCAAACCUUAUAGACCAGUGGUCAGUUCUACACCUGAAACUGUUACAAUUGAUAGCAAUGGUCACAUUCAUGCUGAAACCUUACCUGUAGAACAAGUUACGGUCAAGCCUUAUAGACCAGUGGUCAGUUCUACACCUGAAACUGUUACUAUUGAUAGCAAUGGUCACAUUCAUGCUGAAACCUUACCUGUAGAACAAGUUACGGUCAAGCCUUAUAGACCAGUGGUCAGUUCUACACCUGAAACUGUUACAAUUGAUAGCAAUGGUCACAUUCAUGCUGAAACCUUACCUGUAGAACAAGUUACGGUCAAACCUUAUAAACCAGUGGUCAGUUAUACACCUGAAACUGUAACAAUUGAUAGCAAUGGUCACAUUCAUGCUGAAACCUUACCUGUAGAGCAAGUUACGGUCAAACCUUAUAGACCAGUGGUCAGUUCUAUACCUGUAACUGUAACAAUUGAUAGCAAUGGUCACAUUCAUGCUGAAACCUUACCUGUAGAACAAGUUACUGUCAAGCCUUAUAGACCAGUAGUCAGUACUGCACCUAAAACUAUUAACUUGGAUGUGACAGAAGAAGAGGUUAUCAAAGCCGAGACACAGAAACAUGAAGAGCUAACAGUUGCCCCAGCUGUAAGCCACACAGACACCAAUGACCUAAGUUCCACUCUCCACUCUGCCGUCUCAUGGCUGUACUCCACUCUGUCACCACCAACUGUUCCAGAGAAGGAAAAAUCAACAACUGAGAGUCCAGCCUUCCAACCAAAAACAAGUGAGAGAAAUAUUUUGUCCACAAUUUCCUCUAUUGUUUAUACAACUGUAUCAACUAUUUUUGAAGAAGAUAGAGAAGACACUAGGACAAGAAGUACGGCAGAUGAUGAAAACAUUGUGGCCAUUACAAAAGAUUCUGACAUCAUUUCUUUAUCACGUAAAACAACUUCUAGACAGGAUAAAGAUGUUCUUAUCAACAAAGUUAAUCAGUAUAGCCCUAAAUCAGACACCUUGUUUACUACUAGCCAACCUGCCCCAUCUUCAUCAAGUGGCCGUGGGCCAGCUGUAUCCUUGGACAAAAUCACUAAAUGGCACCUGCCUAGUUCUACCAAAAAACCACCAGUAUACAGAGGCCCUUCAAGGUUUCUAAUUUUAGAACCAAACAGAGUUCAACAAGUGCAUAGAAAUUUUUCUGGUCAGAUUGUCCAGUUGUCCCUCCAAGGUCCUCGUGGAGUUAUCAUCCAGGUCCCUGCCAUUGUUAUGCCAAACAUUCCUCCACCAGAGGAACAGCGAGAUAGCCAUGGGGAGGAGGAAGAUUCUUAUUAUUAUGUUACUGGCAGUCCAUUGCCAGAUGGAGGAGUUCCAUUAUUCAGAAUAAAUAAAGAACUCAUUGACGAGCAAUGGAAAAAUUACGACCCAGAUGAUGUGAUUGGUGCUGCACCUGAAAAUGGUGUUACAAUAGUGGGUGGCCAGCUCACAGUCUACAAGUUGGUGAGGGAUGUGAUGCAAGUCAGUGAUGAAAUGAUUCUAGAAGCUUACAAGAAAGCCAGGGCACUGCUGCGUAAAACUGUUGAAGAGCUGGCCAAUUUGUGGAAACAUGCCGUCUAUGGGACAGCCAAUGUUGUCUACCUCAACUCUAUCAAAGGCAUGGAUGAGUGCAGGACAAAACUGAUGGCUGCCUACAGGCAUUUGAGAAAGGCCCAUGAGUAUGGGACUGCUAUACUGACAAAGACUUACAAUCAUGUGUCACUGCAGAUGGUUGAGUAUUACAAGUGUUUGUCAGAUUAUUUUAAAAAGUCCUAUAAUUUCUAUUAUGACUUUUUAGAUAUGAAUGCAACAAGUAGCAGCUAAGAUAAGGUUUGAUGACUCCUCCCCCUCCCCAAUCCCUUCUAAAAAUGUAAAAAAAAAAGCGCCUUAACAAUUUAUCAAUGUAUAUUUGGAAUUGAUAAUUUUUCGUUUUAUAAUACUGUUGAUGGAGGUAACUGUUAACUAUUAUUAAGCAUGCAGCAUGAAUGUAUUAUAAAAUAAAUAUUUUCUGUUAAUAGUUUUUGUACAUGAACACAUUUACAUUUCAAUAAAAAUAAACCACAUUGUAAGACAUGAGUUUUUUACGCUUAUUAAAUAUGGGAUGUUCAAAGCGAAAACUGA